GAUUGUAGGCUAUUGUUGUAGUCGUCGGCCGUCGGCCAGGAAGUGAAAGUGAAGCUUGAUCUUGAUUUACCAAGAGCCAACUUUAGGUCUGAGUGUUUGGCUUUGGUGUAGGUCUAAAUGGUCUUCUGUUCUGUAUCUUAGAGUGCGGAUCUUUUUGCCACCAACUGCAUCCCUGUUUUUGGUGAUGAGGCACUGAGGACUGCUUAAUCAUCACUGCUUGUAUAUAAUGCCCUGGAUGUGAUCAUUAAGGGGAGGAGGACAAUGGCUGAAACUGGAAGUCAGAGGUCAUGCCCCUAUGAUGAUGCUAAUAUAUUUUCCAAAUUGACAUUCUGGUGGAUGAAUGCAUUGUUCCGUUUGGGCUUCAAGAAUCAGCUGACCUCAGUUAACAUUUGUGAUGUCUCAAAAGAAGAUAAAUCCAGUGGCCUUGAAGCUAAGCUUGACAGAUGUUGGAAAGAGGAAUUGGACAAAUUCUCCAGCUCAGAAGGACACGCUGCAAGUUUGUUCGUUGCUGUUCUUAAAGCUUUCAAGUGGCAGUUGAUUUUUCCUGGAGCCUUGAUAUUUUUUCUUGAGGUGACAAAGCUAAUACAGCCGUAUCUGAUUGGUCGUCUUGUGUCUUACUUCAAUGAUGAUGACGGAGCUGUGGAUUCAGGUACAGCUUAUGGCAUAGGGGCAGGUCUCGGUCUGACUGCUGUUCUUCAAGCUAUUUUGAACCCCACUUACUUUUUCAUUAUGCAACAUGUCGCCAUGAGAAUGAAGGUAGCUGUUGGAGCUCUGAUCUACAAAAAGGUUCUUUCACUCAGUGCUGAAGCAUUUGCCUACACUUCUGCUGGACAAAUUGUGAAUCAUCUCUCGACAGACAUUGAAAAGUUUAAUUCUAGUAUUGACUUGCUGCAUCAUCUGUGGGUGUCACCUCUAUCGAUCGCAGUGACCAUGUACCUGGUGUACAGACAGGUGGGCUCAGUGUGCUUCUGGGGUUUUGGAGUCAUACUUCUCAUCAUUCCCAUCCAGUCCGCCCUUGCUGCAUCGUUUGGUCACUUACGAUUCAGGAUUGGUGCCAUAUCCGACCAGCGCAUUCAAGUGUUGACAGAAGCAGUGUCGUCCAUGAAGUUCAUCAAAAUGCAGUGUUGGGAGCAGCUGUUUCAAAAGCUGAUCUCAGACUUGCGAAGGAGUGAGAUUGUAUAUUAUCGGUAUGGUGCUGGCUUCAAGUCAGUCACUAUGGCCCUGGAGGAAAUGUCCACCCGUGCGGUGACGCUGACCAUUGUGAUCACGGCCUUCCUAACCGUGGGCCAACCUCCGGCUGCCUCCGCCGUCUUCAUCAUUAUUGGCCUCUUGGACAAUGUUCGUCUCACUGGCUUCUUUUUCCUCCACUAUGCCUUUGAGACCCUUUGUCAGCUGAGGGCUUCCUUGUUAAGAAUACAGGCGUUUCUCUUGCUGGAUGAAGAGAAGGAACACAUCAAGGACCUGCGUCUGCACCGCUCCGUUAGCUUCCGUAAUGAGCCUCACAAUGAUUGGGCCGUGGACAUUGAUCACAUGACUGCGCGAUGGCCCCUCGUAUACACGGAAGGCCGGAGAAGGUUCCAGAAGAAGAGACAGAGGAGCAGCACCAGCUCUAUGAAGAGUUUAUUGCAUGAGAGUGAUGUAGAUCAUGCCUUCUCUUUGAAGUAUAUAUCUCUUCAAGUGAAAAAAGGAGAGCUUGUGGUCAUUGUCGGAAUGGUUGGAUCGGGAAAGUCAUCUUUGCUGUUGUCACUCAUUGAAGAACUGCCGCACGAGAUUGGUCAAAUCGCCAUCAAUGGACGGGUCAGCUAUUGUGGUCAGACCAACUGGGUGUUCAGUGGGACCGUCCACGACAACAUAGUGUUUGGUCAUCAGUUCAAUAGGACGCGCUAUCAGCGAGUCAUUGAGGCGUGUGGCCUGACUCAUGACCUUGAACUGAUGCCGAAAGGUGACAUGACAUACGUUGGAGAACAUGGGCUUCGUCUCAGUGGUGGACAGAAAGCCAGAAUUUCUCUUGCAAGAUGCGUAUACCACGAUGCUGAUGUGUUUUUGUUGGAUGACCCACUUAGUGCUGUGGACACCACUGUUGGCGCUCACAUUUUUAAGAGGUGCAUACUGGAUCUUUUGCGCAACAAAACUGUGAUACUGGUAACCCACCAAAUCCACUAUUUGAAGCAGGCUGAUCGGAUUGUGGUUCUUCGAGAUGGAUCCAUACAUGAUGUUGGCACCUACGAUGAACUUAAAGCCGGAGGAAUGGACAUGAGGGCUCUCACCACUAUGGAGCACCCAAAACACGCCACAGAUGCAAAGAUAGAGGCAGAAGAGGAAGAAGCCCAAAUCUUGUUGGAAAGCAAGUCUCUAGAUACUCUGACCUAUGAAGAUGGAGAUGAAGAAGGAGAACUGGUGCGAACAGGUUCUGUAAGGCUUCGAGUGUACUGGGACUAUUUUGCAGCAGGAUUUGGACCUGCCCUUUUACUUAUCCUGAUCCCCACUUGGCUUGCUGCUCCUGCACUUUUCUGUUUGUCAGACUGGAUGCUCGCUAAAUGGGUUGGAGGAAUGCAGCACAUGCAGUCAUCACCAGACCCCAGCCCGCUCCCCGUGUCUGCGUCGGUGGGACCGGCCGUACCCCAGGAUGAGUCACAGGACUGGGCCAGCAUGCCCUGGAACCUCCAGAUGUACAUUAUUGCUUUUCUGGCCAGCUUUGGCUCGUUUCUCCUGUGUGGGGUGGUGUAUCUGCAGAUGACUGCCACCGCCAGUCGCCGCCUGCAUGACAGGAUGCUGCAUAGUGUGUUGAACAGCGUUUCCCGUUUCUUUGACACUCGGCCCAUAGGUCAGAUUCUUAAUAGGUUCUCCAGAGACUUGCUUAUCAUUGAUGACAUGGUGUCUGUGUAUGGCUUUGUCGUAUCAAAGAAAACCUUUCACUUGUUGAGCUUCUUUGUCCUAACUGUGGUGAUCAACCCAUGGCUGGCCAUUGCCUUGGUACCUAUCAUGGUCGUCCUUUUACUGACCCGCAUGUACGCUGUGCGGACGCUCAGACAGGUGAAACGACUAGAAGCAAGAGCCCGCAGCCCUGUGUACUCCCACGUGUCUGACACAGUCCGGGGCCUGGAGACGAUUCGAGCCCUGAAGAAGAAGGACCAGGUCUUGGCUGAGUUCGGAGACCUCCAGGACAAGCACACAGCAGCCUGGUUCCUCUACCUGAGCUCUUAUCGCUGGAUGUCGGUGCGCACUCUUUGCCUGGUGGUUCUCUACAUGCUCGUCGUUAUUUUCGUGUCUGUCGCCUUGAAGAACUCUCUUGACGGAAACCUUUUGGGUCUGUCCCUUGUCUACUGCUUGGCCAUGAUGGAACCUUUUGAGUUUUACAUCCGGGCCUCUGCCGAACUGGAGACAUAUAUGACAUCGGUGGAGCGAGUGCUUGAUUAUUGCUCCCUAGAACAGGAGCCUCCCAAGACCUCAGUGAAGCCUCCUCCCCCAGACUGGCCCAACAGAGGAGCCAUCACCUUCACCAAGACCUCUCUAAAGUACUCAGACAAAGCACCUUUGAUUCUGCAAGACAUUGAGUGUCACAUUAAAGGAAAGGAAAAGAUUGGCAUUGUGGGGCGCACCGGCUCAGGGAAAAGCUCUCUGAUCUCUGCUCUGUUCCAUCUGGCUAAACCGGUGGGGGCCAUCUACAUAGACGGAGUGGACACCAACAAGCUGGGCCUGCACGAGCUACGUAGCCAGAUGUCCAUCAUACCCCAGGACCCGGUCCUCUACAGUGGCACCCUGCGCUGGAACCUUGAUCCUGCCUAUGAGUUUAGUGAUGAGAGGCUGUGGAGUGCGCUAGAGCAGGUGCAGCUCAAGGGCAAGGUGAAUCAGCUCCCCGGCCAGCUGUACGCAGAGGUCCAGGAAGGAGGGGUGAACCUGAGUGUGGGACAGAGGCAGCUGGUGUGCCUGGCCCGGGCUAUCCUCAAACACAAGCGCAUCCUGGUGCUGGAUGAGGCCACAGCCAAUGUGGACCAAGAGACAGAUGACAUAAUUCAGCGGACCAUACGUGCCAAAUUUCGGGAAAGCACCGUUCUGACGAUAGCUCACAGGCUUUAUACUGUCAUGGACUGUGAUCGGUUAAUGGUUUUAGAGAAAGGUGAACUCAAAGAAAUGGACACGCCGCACAACCUGCUUCAAGACCCCGAUGGUGUGUUCACAAGGCUUGUUCUCAGCACUGGCAAAAGUCAGGCAAAACAGUUACAGGCCCUGGCAGAACUGUCCCAGCACCAGCGAGCCUCUGCCAGUCUCCAGCUACAGCGGGCCAUGUUGCUGGCCAAUGAACAGCUAGCUCAGAGCACGGAGGACCUCAGUGCGGGCAGGGCUCUCAACUGGAACCGCUUCACACACAGUCAGGGUUCCCUGGAUAAAACUUUCUUGGAAAGCGUUCCCGAAAAGGAAAAGAAAAGUGUUGGCCCCUCCCAGCGGAUUAUCCGGCGUCGAAGUCCAGGCCGCACAAAGAGAACUGUGGAGGAAGAAGAAGAGUUGUUGAGUUAUGACGCUCCUCCCAAAGUCCACACUCGGAUUUCGCCUCUUGCACGAGAUACUACACCUGUGGACCACUCUGUGAACGGAACAGGAAGAAUUUCAGAAGGAUCUGGGUCAGGAGCAGAGAAUUCUCCACAGCAAGAGCGAGCAGUCUUUCAGAGUCGAGGGGCUGGGGAGAGCCAUGGUCAAAAGCAGUCCCCUCCUCAGAUGCGUCGGAAGUCAGAUCGUGGUCGACGGGAAAUCGUGGAGACAGAUAUUGAUUUUCCAUCAGAUCCUCCCUCUCCUGCGGUGGUCCCAACCCACAGACGCCAGCCGUCGCAGUCUGCGAUUUCUGUGACAAAUCAUGAGACACGUCCAAUGCAGGGACGGUUGGGCAAAAGACAUCCGACCUCCCGAGAGCCACAUUCUCCGAAGAAAGACUCGUCCGGAUUGAGAGUGCUGUCAGGACCAUAUAUUCCAAGACCUCAUAAGGAUGAAGAGAAAGAACAGUUUGUCUGAUAUUCAAUACCCCUCAGUACAUAUUUUGUACAUUUCAAAUUUUAUCGGUAGAAUGGUAGAAUGACAACCUUUUUUUUUUUCUACAUACAUUCCGUGAAGAAAGUUUUGUGGUGAAAGAAAUGCAUAAUUUUUUAAAGCUUUAUACUGAAGCACUUUUGUUUAUUUCCCUCUCUCUGUUCUGUUUGGUAUUAUUUUU